CUUUCCCGUUCCUGCUCUUAGUUCGCGUUUGCUGCGGUGCGGUCUACGCUUAAUUUCGUCACUAUAGAUUUGUGAAUUCUACUCAAUAAAAUUGUGUUUUGAAGACUAUUCCGCCAUUGUAAUAAAAUUGUCUUUGUCAGUUGUAACGUGCAAGUGAUUUGUUACGUGGGUAUUGUUCUUAUUUGUAUACGUUUGUGCAACGGUCUGAAAGUUUUUUUACAGUGCAUCAUUUCCUGUUCUAUAUUGUACAGAAACAAGCAAUAGAAACGCGCCGAACGCUUUCGGGGUAAGCCUCGCAAUACGGCUCGUAGGAGCCGGCGAGGUGAACAAAGAAUGAAUUUAGUGAACUAUAAAGUGAAGUGUAAUUGUGUUAGUUAGUUUCAAUAAAUAGUGUUCAAGUGGGCGUUACAUCAUUUCAUAAUGAUUGAAUUUGGGAACCCGCCCUGACGCGAUCAGCGCCGGCGUCCGCGGCGGGCGGCGCUCGUGUCAUGGCCCCGGCGCUUACUGUAACUCCGCAAACGACACAUUACGACGUGGUCGACGAGACUGAAAUAUUAGCCCACCGAAGACGGGCCCUUGUGUCCGUCAAUAACCUCUCAACACACAUGGAGGAAGAUGAUAUGGGGCUGCAGAACCAGCCUAGUUUGGCGAAAGAUUCGCAGGAGAUGGAACAAAUCCUUGUGGAUCUGGGCAAUAGUGACUUAGUUCAAGCUGAUUUGCUUCAAGCUAUUAAAACUCUGGAAAGUGGGGGAGAUGUUUUGUCAACUGGUGAUCCAGAUGCUAUAUUUCCUCUAUCAAGCUUUGAUUUGCCUGAAACUGUUGAUUCAGAAGGUGAUGCAGCUGAGGAUAAAAUCAGACUUUUGCAGGCUAGGUUAGAACGAAGAUGUGCAUUUUUGUUAAGAAGGUUAAGAAUAUUGCAAGCUCGUUCUGUUGGAAAAAGAGUAGCUGAAGAAGUCACACAAACAUUUGAAAAAUGUACUCGAGGUGCAAGAAAAGAUGGUGGUGGACGACCAAUAGGUUUAAAAGCCUUUAUUAAAAGAGUAGAUACCACAUCUGGCCUACAAGCGAGUGCAGCAUCUAGGACUGUGGUUGGUCCAAAAUAUUAUAAUGCCAGUACUUCUAGAGGUGAUGCAACAAGAUCUGCAUCAUUAGGGGUUCCUUCAGGAACAUUAAAUGGCUUAGAGGAUACAGCUGGUAGUUUGCGUUUUCAUUUAUCAGUGGUGAAGCAACAAUUAGAUUCAGAUGCAACUGAGUCUUCAUCUGGAGCAGAGAGUAAUGAUGAGGCUGUUGUAUAUAAUAACCAACAUCAACAGCACAUGCCUAUUGAGAAAAGAGCAUUAUGGUCUUGGCAACGGACUCGUGCGUCAAUUGCAACACGUUGGUGCUGGCUACAGGCACAGAUUCAGGAGUUGGAAUAUAAAAUAAGACAGCACAGUGAUUUACAUAAGCAGGUCCGCGAGGCAAAGGGUCGUAUAGAAUUUGAAGGUGAACCAGUCGGUUACGAAGGGAGCCUCCCAGGGGAUGAUUCUCCCAGCACCUGCGCCAGAAUACGACCCUUGCGUCGGGAGACGUUUAAGAAACGAAAGUUAUUACAAAUGCACAAUCUGCAUCUUGCUACUACUAAAGCGGCUAAACCCAGUGAUGUUAAGUGCAGCUGCGUGUACCCAUUGGAGUCCUGCGCUGUAUGCACGGGCCGAGCCGAGUCUACUCAGCCGCAGCCGCCUUUCUCUACAUUGUCUCCUGCGCAGCGUCUAGCUCUCGUCGAUCCUAGCUACCAUCCUGCGCUUAGCACUAUAAAAGAUGUGCCGCCAUCCAUUCACAUGAGCGCGCUCACGUCUCGUCCGUGGUUCCGGUCCCGCAUCAAGUCCUAUCGUGGCGCGCAUAAUUCAUCUCUCACGAAACAAACAAUUCAAGCUUCGCAGCCGACACCGGCAACUUCAACGACUACCAAACGACAUCCUACCAGAUUGAAACGAGGCAGACCGCCGCUAUCCCGCAAAGUUAAAGAGCGUGAUCGUGACGACGAUACUUCGACAUCUGGACAAGAACGUGGGCGUGGUCGGGCAAGCACAGAAUCACGCGGCUGGAGGCGGCAGUCGUUCGAUAUCGAUAACAUCGUGAUACCUCAAAGCAUCGCUGCUAACACACGGCCUGAAAUACUCACGUAUAAGGAGAUUCUAACGCCUAAAUGGCGAAUAAUGGAUAUAUCAAGACCUAAAUUGAAUAAUGGGAUUAACAAUUCCAAUCGUAUGUCGGUAGACGGAAGUGAGGAAGAAGAUGUAUCUGAAAUGUCACUAUAUCAGCGACACGCCCGUGCUGAAACCCAAGAGAGGAACCGAUUUCUACGCAAACAGCGGUCGAGAAGGAAUAAUGCUGAACCCCCCGUAGACCCAGUACCUGUACAAAAUCAUAUACAGAAACCACAACCAAACAUAAUAAUACAAAACAACCAACAAAGCAGCGAGGCUGAGAACCCAUAUACACCACGGAAUUUCCCCCUACAAGACGAAGUUUACCAGGACAUGUUAUCUUUCAUGCCCGAGUCAUACCAGCCCAUCUGUAGUCCAUCUCCAAUUCCGUCACCCCAGGAAGAAGAAUUGGAAGAUUCCAGCACAUUAUCACCAGCAUCCCUACUUAUGUACGAAGGGGAUGACCCCGAUGAUGCAGAAUGGAAUCCGAGUGCGGAGAAAUCGGAGCGUAAGAAAAGUAUACUAAAGUAAUUCUCGACUUGCUUCAGUUUCUAAGGAUCCGAAACAAAUCCAUUUGAGCAAUUAAGCUAUAAGCUUGUUUUGAGCGUGCUGUUUUGGUUGUUUUAAGAGGUAUCUGAACUUGUUUUACACAACAGUAGUUUAAAGUAAAAAUCUUUUAAAACCUGGUGUAGAAUUAGUGGUCACACCUAUUUUGGGUUUAUCGGAAAGUACAAAGUAGUCUGUCAAUGGCAUUAACUAUCAAAAUUACUAAGUUGGUUCUAGAUAAAAAUUUGUUACUUUAUAUAUAAUUAAAAAUAGGUUCUCGCGGUAUUUUAUUGAUUUUAUUUGAUUAAUUAGAGGUCUGAUAAAUUUUAAUUAACAUUUUGGUGGAUGACAUGUUAAGCUUAUGGCACUUAGUUACAAAUGUUAUGUACACAUAUUCCUGGUUUGCUUCCAGGGUCUUAUUUCUUGUCUUUUAUAAAUGAUUUAGUUUAACAAGCUAUAUAUAAAUUUAAAAAAAAGUAUUGUGACUUUUCAUCUUGUAAAAGUACUAAGAUGUGUAGUAGUAACUCGGUGUAAUAAAAAGUUUUUUGUCAUCUAAGUAUCUUUACAUUAUUUUUGAUUAAAGGAUGAAGAGAAAUUUACUUAUAUGCUACGCCUAAACCCAAACUACACAUUAUUGCCUGCUUUGCAGUCUGUGUCUGAAUGAUGAUGAUUACUGCAGCCAAAAUCUUAAUAUAUCCUGUAUAGAAACUAAAAAGUUAAGAUAACAGUGGAGUUAUCUUAGCAUUUUGAGGACCUAUUCUUUGUCAUUUAUUUUCGCAUCACCCUUAACAUACAGAUACAUUGAUAUUUGUUGUUUCGAAUGUAACGUUUAAGCUUUAUUAACCUAAUUCAUUAUAUCAAAACAUUACUAGACUACUGUGAACAAUGUGAAUUUUCUGGUUUUAGUUACUCUUAUACUGAUGAUGAAAACACAGGAAUAUUUUUUUUUUCAACUCUAUAUUUGUUGCUGUUGUCAUUAAUCUGUGAGUAGCUAAUGUAUUUAAAAAACACCACCCAUUACAUUCCUUAGAACCAGUGUUAUUUUUUAUAUAGCAAAAUUGUCAUUUUAAAUUAUAAGUUUUGCGUAUGACUUUAUCCAGUCAAGCUGUUUUAUUGUCAAAAAAAUAAAUCCUUGGAAAUUUAUUAUCUGUACAGUACAUCUGCGUUGUUUAAUAAUUGAUAAAGUAGAUGUUUUAAAAGUAUUAUAAUUUCAAGUACUAAUUAUAAUUGUAGUUUAAGUUGUAAGCGCCCGUACCGCUAAGCGAAUGUAAAUAUUUGAGCGGGCACUGGAGGCAACUAAUAGACUGGUUACAAUAAUUUGAAUCUCUAAAAGAGUUUUCAGUUCCGAUUUUGUUCGGACGCAUCAAUUACUUCGAUGUUUUGUACAUAGAUACAUUUAUUUUGAUACAUGUGUAAAUAGCUUCACCUAUGUAGAUAAAUCCUAAAAGUCUUCAAUACAUACAGAAAAAGGGGACUAUUUUCUUUUUUGAUGCCAUUGGUAUGAUUUGGUUUGUAAAUAUUUAAAAGAUGAUUUUUCCAGUCAAUUUUGCAUUUUUUGUGUAGUUUAUUUGUAAAAAGGUGAUGUGUACAUGUUAUUUUUAAUCCCCUAAAACUGUUUAAAGAAGCCAAAGUCUUCUGUUAUUAGAAAUAAGUUAAGGAUUGGAAUGUAUUGAAGAAAUAUGCUUAAAAAUGUUGUAUAUGUUUAGUAUGCAGAAUAAAAACUUAAUUCUUA